AUGUCAACAUUGAACCUUAACCGAACUGAGGGUCCACUACACACCGGGGGAUCAAUUCCAACAACUGAGCAUUACAAGAGAUUGAAAAAAGCCUCAGAUAUAAGUCCAACCUGCUGGAAGUUAUUUCAAACGACACACAAAUUUAAAGGUGAUCCAAACAAGUGGGUUAACUCAAAAUCAGAGAUAGUUGCUAAUGAGUAUGAAAAAAGGAUUGUUGAGAGAGACUCACAGGAGCCACUAGGGGAUGAUGUUUCCAUUCAACAAGCUGACGACAUCAUCUUCUUGGAUGUUGUUGGAGGAGUGGACAAGAAGGGACGCAUAUAUGGUUUGGGUCCAGAAGCAGAGAGGUACAAGCGAUCUAGAUCUUCCACUUAUGACGGUAUCUCAUCAUCUGAAUAUCAACACAUGAGGACUAUAAUUUCUGAUUUGUCUGCUGAAAAUAUGACUCUUAAAGAGAAAUUGAAGACUCAUGAGGAGUUGAUUCAUCAAUCCCAGGAAGAUUCGCAUUUGCUUAGGGAGCAAUUAUUUCAAUUUAUGGAGAAGUUAUCUUUGAGUCAUCUACCUCCACGUUCGGAUCCACCUCCGCCUCCACCACCCACUACUUGAUACAUAUAUUUAGUUAUGGUUGUUUUGAGUGUUUGGUCGUAUACACUUAAUUUCAAGAACAAUGCUUUUUUGAUAAAAAAAAACAAUGUUAGUAGUAUUAGUUUCAAGAACAAUGUUAUAUUAGUUAUGGCUUCCAUGUAUUUUGGUGAUUGUGUAUAAAUACUUAUGAACACAAUUUAAAAAGUAUUUCUUAUUAAA